AUGCCAUAUGAUCGAACAGUGUCACAGAAUUUACGUUAUCUCGACGAUGCUCUGACUCACGCUAUCGAUCAGUUAAAUAAAUUUAACAGUGAAACCAUGUCGGAUCUGUCGCUCAAAUACGAAUUGAUACGAAAUAAUGAAAGUCGUGUUAUUGGUUUUUUUGCUCAUCAACUCAUGUUAGUACAAAUGCAAAAUCCGGCCGGACAAAACGGCGGAUUUCAUAGUGAUUAUCCCAAACUCAAUCGGUUCCUCUCUGUUGUCAAUAUCAACAAAAAAUCCAUUGAAUAUAUUGAACAGCGCAUGACAUUUGAUGAUCUUUUGAAUGGAAAAGCAGCAGUACGCGAAAAGCUUUUAUAUGACGCUGGAACGACUGAAGUUGAACGUAAAGACUUUCGCAAUGCAUUCAAUGCACUGAAAGAUUGUCUUGAUUACUUUCUUCAUGGUGGUACCAACGAUCAUGGACGUUUCUAUUGGCAUAUAGAAACACCAUCAGCACCAGUGAUGACGCCUUACGCCUCGCGUCAGCAUCGUUUGUCAGAUACAGUACUUUCAGUACCACUCAGUACGGAUUCUGAGAGAUCGUCGUCCGUGUCUGCGUCUCUAUCAACCGAAUUCGGAGCUGUCACAAAUACAAGCACACCCACGACGACAACAGCCACAGCAAACCAUCCAAGACGACACUAUCCUACACCGCCACCGCCACCUACACGUUCGAUACAUUUAUCCGUCAAUGGAAAAAGAAAAUGUGAACACCCCAGUAAGAAAAGCUCAGUUGACCCUUCGAUAUUUGCCAAUGUGAAUCCGCCACGCACUAUGGAUUUACAAUUACCGGGUGAUAGUUCAACAUCUCGUCGGAGCUCGUACGGUUCAGAUACGGAUAGCCGAUUGCAAUCUGAUGUCGAGUACAGUAGUACUGAAAAUGAAAUAUACAAUCUUCCAUAUCAGCUGGCAAAGCGUAAACUUUCAAUAAAAGCCUUCGAUAAAUACUAUUACACGAAAGCACUUUCGAAAUUGAUCCAUCAAAAUGCAACAGCGUCGGAAUCUGAACAAACUGACGUAAAUAAUAUUCUGCCAUUGAACUCAUGUAAUCACAAACAUCAUGACAAUAAACUUGUCACGAAACUUGCCAAAAAUCACUUAUGGAAUAGACCUGCUUUCAAAGAGGGAACGGCAACACCAAAAUCACCAACGAUACGUUCACCAACUAUGUCCGGCUCACCGAUGGGUUCCACACAUAAUAGUGAUACAGAAAAUGAUCCUAAAUCACCAGAUACACCACUUUACAAUACACAAUCUCCCGUUAUUCGUCAUCGAAUGGCGCAUAAAAUUCAGCACAAAUGGACUAAUCUGAUGAAAUUAUCAACGUGUAAUGUAUGCACAAAAAAGAUCUUCUUUCUCGGUACCAAAUGCAACAAUUGCAAGUUCGCAAAAACGCGGGUUUUCAAGUUUUCAUUAUGUGAUGUCUGCCGAAGACAGCUAUUUCGAGGAAAGGCUUGCCUUCAUUGCAAGUACAAAUGCCAUAAAGAAUGCGUUCAACAAGCUCCCACUAAUUGUGGUUUCAGUGAAGGUAAAUUCCGCCGUGCCAUCGACAACACUGAUAUUCAAAAUGCUUUCGCCAAUUCAACUCCACUGACGCGGAAAUAUCAUUUCACUCCAUCGGAUAGUAUUAGUCCAACUCCUUCAACUCCAAUAUCAGCACCCGGUUCUCCUGCGCCACAUCCGUCGCUGGCUAGUUAUCAUUUCAGCGGGACCACAUCAAAUGGAAGUCCAUCGAUAUGCGUCAGUGAAUCUAUCUAUUGCACUCAAAAUGAUCCUGAUAGUUGGGUUGUCAUCGAGACCAAUACGAAAACAGCAUCAGAACUUCCGGAAUCUCAGUCCGACAGUGAUACGAAUUCAACAGCUCAAACCGAUACUGGAACCAAUCUGACUGAUUCAACGAUAACACUAUCAAAUAGAUACUCCUCUCAGUUAUCACAAAACGAUUCGAAACAAUCUGCUAGAGAUGAUUUUAAAUCGAAACUAGCAAUUUCAUUCGAUGAUGAUGUCGAUGGAGAUCCAGAUAAACGAAGCAUGGAUCUACCUACUUCAAUCCAAGAUUGGGUAAUUGGUUUUAAUAAUAUUAAAAUGAUUGAGGAAGUUCGCCGAUCGUCUGGUUCAUUGAUGAAAGCACAUUGGCAUGGUGAGCUCGCUGUCAGACUGAUAAAACCAAACCCCAAAUCGACCGAUGUAGAAUUCUUGGAACAAUUUAAAAAUCAAAUAUUCCGCUUACGAAAAGUUCGACAUGAACAUUUGAAUUUGUACACAGGCGUUUGUAUCGAAAGUCCCAAUUUUGCUAUUGCUUCAAAUUGGAUUCGUGGUUCAACACUAUUCGAAAUGAUUCAUAUUCGCAACGAUUCCAUUCUAUUCAGUUUAGCUGUUCAAUAUGCUGCACAGAUAGCUCAAGCUAUGAGUUAUCUACAUGAAAAGUCGAUCAAUCACAUGUCAUUACGCACCACUAAUAUUUUCGUUCAAAAUAAUCGCGUUGUUCUAACAGAUUAUGGUUUAGUGCCAUUGAGUAAAUGUUAUCGAUACCAUGAACAACCAGCAGUGAUCGUUCCGCGAGGAUUUUUGAGUUAUUUAGCCCCUGAAAUCAUACGAAAACUCGAUGCACGAAACGAACAAACGCUUUUACAGCAUACACCUCAAACGGAUGUUUACGCUUUUGGAACGGUUUGGUACGAACUUCUAUUCCGAGAAUUUCCCUAUGCAAAACAACCCGCAGAAUACAUCAUCUGGCGAGCAGGAAAUUCCUUAAAACAACCAUUGAGUAGUGUGCAUAUUAGUAAAAACGCCAAAGAUAUUAUCAACCAAUGCUGGUCGUUUGUACCAGAUGAUCGUCCAGAUUUUGCCAUGUUAUGUAAAUCUUUGACAAAAAUGCCUGGUAAACGUUCAUUAGUUCGAUCUCCAUCCACACCACUUCAGUAUCAUGGACAUCAAACAUCGACAAAUCCAUUUAAAUAA